AAAAUGUCAAAGAUAAAUCAAGUGCGAGUUCUGACUUUAAAUGCUGAUGAAAAUACUGAAUCCACUCUAUAUCGUCUCGAGAAAGGAUGGACUUUAAGAUUUGUAUUGGGAGCAUCGCUACAUGCUAAAACUGUACGUUUAUUCUGUAACCAUACCCACGAUAAGUCUGUGGUGUAUGAAAGAUUAGAAUUCUACGAGCUAGCAUGGAGAAAUCCAAGUGGUAUGAAGAAUGAUAAAAUUGAUGUGUUUGCUGAAGUACAUAUCAUAUCAGCUGGAUCAUUUAAUUACUUCUUCACAAUAGAUGGAAGUGCCAAUGGUCAAGGUUAUUUUUUGGUGGAUCCAACCUUGUCUUUUGGUGAUGAUAAGGAAGACAUCACUUUAGAUUGUAUUCAGAGCCAAACAGUUAUUACCAAAUUAUUAGGCCCUAUAAAUGAAUGGAAAGACAGAUUACUAGUAGCUAAAGAGAGUGGCUAUAAUCUUAUUCAUUUUACACCAAUACAAGAACUGGGGAUUUCAAACUCAGCUUACUCCAUACGAAACCAACUACGACUGAAUCCACUGUACUAUGAGAAAAAUAAAGAAAAUACUUUUCAAGAUGUAGAAGAUAUAGUUAAAAUGAUGAAAAAAGAUUGGCAAGUGUUAUCUCUUACUGAUUUAGUCUAUAAUCAUACAGCCAAAGAUAGUGCAUGGAUUCAGAAACAUCCAGACAGUGUAUAUAAUCUAGAUAACUCUCCUCAUCUCAUACCAGCUUAUCUUGUAGACAGAAUAUUUCAUCAUUUCUCACUACAAGUUGCUGAAGGAAAAUGGAAAGAUCAGGGCAUACCUUCUGUUGUUGACAGUGAAGGCCAACUUCAGAUAAUGAAAGAAGUAUUAUUAUCUGAAGUUUUUCCUCAUUUCAAAUUACAUGAAUUUUAUACAGUGAGUGAAGAAAAUAUUUUGAAAUCUUUUCGCAGUAAAAUUGAAGAAAAUGUAAAUGUAACUACAAAUGAUACAGAAGUUAAUAUCAAACAAGAUAAGUUAUAUAGAAGAUUAGGUAGUACUGUUGAUAUGAAUACAGUUUUAUAUUUCUAUAAUACAGACAGACCUGGAGUAGCAAAUGGUACUGAUAGAAUCAAUCAGUGUUGUAUUACAUUACGAGAGAAAAUACAACAGUUGAAUCAAAAUAAAAUCAACGAAGUAAAUGAGCAUAUACGAGUUGCUGUAGAUAACUUCCUAGCCAAUGUUAGAUGGAGAUUUCUAGCUGGAGAUGGUCCUAAAGUUGGUCAAGUCACAGAGGAAGAACCUUUAAUGUGGGGAUAUUUUGUGAUACCUGAGUCACAUGAAGGAUCAGUAACUAAAGAAGAGAGUAUGAUAGAAGGAGAGGGGAAGAAAUAUAUAUUUGCUGUUAAUGGUUGGGUGAUGAACGAUAAUCCCUUACGGAACUUUGCUGAAGAAGGUUCAUUAAUAUAUUUAAGAAGAGAAUUAGUAGCAUGGGGUGACAGUGUUAAAUUACGCUAUGGUCAGUGUCCAGAAGACAGUCCGUAUCUAUGGAAACAUAUGAGACGAUACACGGAAGAAACUGUUCAAAUAUUCCAUGGUGUUAGGUUAGACAACUGUCACAGUACACCAAUACACGUUGCUGAGUAUAUGUUAGAUGCUGCUAGAAAGAUUCGACCUGAUCUCUAUGUUAUAGCUGAAUUAUUUACUGGUAGUGAAGCUUUAGACAAUCUUUUUAUGAAUAGAUUAGGCAUUAACUCUCUGAUAAGAGAGGCAUUAAGUGCCUGGAAUGCUCACGAAGAAGGUAGAUUAGUUCAUAGAUAUGGUGGUGUACCUAUUGGAUCAUUUGUUCAACCCAGAGUUAAACCAUUAACACCCACUGUAGCUCAUGCUUUAUUUUACGACCAAACACAUGAUAAUCCUUCACCAGUAGAGAAAAGAUCAGCAUAUGACUUAUGGCCAACAACAGCAUUAGUAGCUAUGGCGUGCUGUGCUACUGGUAGCAAUAGAGGCUAUGAUCAGCUUGUACCACAUCAUGUCCAUGUAGUAACAGAAGAACGUCACUAUAUGUCAUGGAGUGAUAGUGAAAAACCAAGUAAUGCCUACAUCAAUAAAACAUGUGGUAUAACAGAAGGCAAGAGGGUGCUAAAUAAACUACAUUUUGAGAUGGGUCUUUCAGGAUUUAGUCAGGUUUAUGUUGAUCAGUUAACUGAUGAUACAGUUUCUGUUACCAGACAUAAUCCACAAACACAUGAGUCUAUUAUUCUAGUCUGUAGAACAAGUUUUAGUCAUCCUUCUAAUCCUAAUUGUGCUGGUCAACAUAUUAAAUCUAUACAUAUACAAGGUGUAAUAAAGGAGAUAAUAUUAGAAGGUAGUAUGGGAGUCAGUCAUCAUUAUGAAUAUAAACAAGAUAAAGAUUAUGUCAAUGGUUUACCAGAUUAUUUCUUGACACUACGUCAGAAUAUCAAAACUGAGGAGAGUCAGAUUUGUAACGUACAUAAAAACCCAGAUGGUACUGUCAAUAUAUCGUGGAAAAACCUCACUCCUGGUUCAGUCAUUGCUUUCAGAUCUUGUCUACCUCCUAAAGCUAAAGAAGCUAUAUUACAAAUUCGCCGUGGUCUGGGACAGUUUGGAUAUUUGAUGAGAUCGUACAGCGGUAGCACCAUGUUUGAUGAUACUUGGGAUAAAUCUAAUUUCCGUGUUAUAGUCUCCAAUUUAGAUCUGGCUAGUUUAAAUCGUGUUUUAUAUCGGGUUGAAGCAGAAGAAAGAGAUGAUGGUUAUGGAAUUGGAGCCUAUUCUCUUGCUGGUUAUGGUUCCAUGGUAUAUUGUGGUCUUAGAGGUAUUAUAUCAGUUUUAGCUGAUAUCCGACCUAAUAAUGAUCUAGGACAUUCUCUGUGUGAUAAUCUACGUCAAGGUAAUUGGUUACCUGAUUAUGUAGCCAAUAGAUUAAAGUUGAAUACCCACACACAUGAUGUAAGUACCCUUGGUAUGUGGUUUGAAGGUAUUUUCUCGUAUUUAAAAGAAGCUCCCCGAUAUUUGAUACCAUGUUAUUUCGAUGCUUUAGUUACUGGAGCUUAUGUUGUUAUGAGAGAAAUGAUAAUACAACAAAUGUCAGAUUUUGUUAGAGAUGGAUCGACAUUUGUACAAGCUUUAUCAAUGGGUUCAGUACAGUUUUGUGGGUUUGUAAAAUCGUCGAAACUACCAACUCUUUCGCCUAAUUUAGCACCACCUAAAGUCAGAACAGAAAUUGAUAUUACUUCUAAAGACGAAUUUGAGGCAUCACUGUCUUUGGCUGCAGGAUUUCCUCAUUUUGCCAGUGGUUACAUGAGAAAUUGGGGACGUGAUACAUUUAUAGCUAUCAGAGGGUUAAUUUUACUAACAGGUCGACAUGAGGAGGCACGAAGUUUAAUAUUAGCGUAUGCUGGUACACUACGUCAUGGUUUAAUACCUAAUCUAUUAAAUGAGGGGACAGGUGCUCGGUAUAACUGUCGUGAUGCUGUAUGGUGGUGGUUACAAUCUAUACAAGAUUACUGUAAACAUGUGUCUAAUGGUGUUAAUAUAUUAAAAGAUAAUGUAUCCAGGAUGUAUCCUACUGAUGAUUCGGAACCUCUAAAACCAGGUGAAGUGGAUCAGAAAUUAAGUGAUGUGAUACAAGAAAGUUUAGAGAAACAUGCUGGAGGUAAUAAAUAUAGAGAACGUAAUGCUGGCAGUCAGAUAGAUUGUCAGAUGACUGAUAAAGGUUUUGAUGUAGAAUAUGGUGUAGAUUGGAAUACUGGGUUUGUAUAUGGUGGUAAUGAAUAUAAUUGUGGAACAUGGAUGGAUAAAAUGGGUAGUUCUAGUAAAGCUGGUAAUAAGGGUAAACCUGCUACACCAAGAGAUGGUUCAGCAGUUGAAAUUAUUGGAUUAUCAAUGUCUACUGUAAGAUGGUUAGAAAGUUAUAAUUGUAAAAAUUUAUAUCCUCAUGAUGGAGUUACUGCUGUUAUAAAAGGGAAAGAAGUAAAGAUUACAUACCAUGAAUGGGCUGAAAAGAUUAAGAGUAAUUUUGAGAAAUAUUUUUGGGUUAAUGAUACACCUGAUCCAGACAACGAACCAAAACCAGAAUUAAUAAACAGACGUGGUAUCUAUAAAGAUUCUUACCUUGCUACACAAUUCUGGGCAGACUAUCAACUACGACCCAACUUUCCUGUAGCUAUGGUGGUGGCCCCCGAACUAUUUACUCCAUCAAGAGCAUGGAUAGCUUUAAAUACAGUUCAAGAAGUAUUACUGGGUCCUUUAGGAAUGAAAACAUUGGAUCCAAGUGAUUGGGCGUAUAAAGGAGACUAUGAUAAUGCUAAUGAUUCUGAUUGUGGUCGUGUAGCUGGUGGUUUUAACUAUCAUCAAGGACCAGAAUGGUUAUGGCCUACUGGUUAUUUUCUUAGAGCUAAACUAUAUUUUGCUGCCAAAUUAAAUAAAGAACAAGAUGGUAUAUUGAAAGAAACAAUAGGAUUUAUAGAAUCUAGAUUAGCCAAUCAUUAUUUAGAAUUAAUGAGAUCUCCAUGGCAAUCAUUACCAGAACUAACUAAUUCUAAUGGUUCGUACUGUAGAGAUAGUUGUCGAGGUCAAGCCUGGAGUAUUGGGUGUCUUUUAGAAGUAUUAUAUGAUUUAGAGAAGAUCGAAAAUCAUCAACAUUUAUUAUCUACAUCUAAUUCUAUACCAGAUAUCAACGGCAAUCCUUCUUAA